CCAAAUUAAACAGAAAAAAAGUAAUAAUAUUUGUGUUUUUAAAAAAAUAUGUAAAAAAAUGUUCAGAAAAUCCUUUAAAAUCACAAUCACCUCAAAGUGGUGUGUUAAUUUAAAUAUACAAACAAAAAUUAAAAAAUAACUAAAAUAACUGGAAAUUAAGUACUUAUUAUAUACAUUUACCAAAAACAGAAUCGAUCUUACAAUCCUGAGGAGAUAGUUAUAAUACUCUUGCCAAUUAUUGUUAGGGAUUAACCUAACUUUAUUCAAAAGUUAUUUUUAUACGGUUUUAGCUACUGUUAUAAUAAUUUAUUGGAAUAAACUCUCUGUCAUGUGACAGUCUGUCUCCAUACUUCUUUUCAUGAGUUUAGACUAAAUGGCAAAACAACAGCUGCAACCCGGAAUAAUUUCUUUUUGUUCAAGCACUUGUGGUACAUUAAUUUUUUGCGAAUUUUUUAUUUACUCGACCCCGAUAUAAAUGACGUAUUAGGUUCUCACGCUGAAACGUAGCUGGAAUUGGCAGACUUUGCAGAUCCAAAUGAGAUGUUUGCUUAGCCCAUUGUUGCAGCCACCAAAUGAGGUAUAAAUAGUGCGGGCAAAGCUCCAGAACAGCAUCAGUUGAUCGCACUACAAACUAAUCAGUCAUAGCUAUGAAGUUCACCUGCGCUCUGCUCCUUUUGGCCACCGUGGCAUUCGUCCUGGUUGGCCAGUCCAGUGCGGCCAGUUCCACAACCACGACAGAGGCGGCGACGACCACCACCACUGCAGCCACUACCACCACCACCGCCACCACCACCACAGCCUCUUCCACGGCCAGCAAAGCCACGACAGAGGCUUCAUCCGCCAAAAAGAAGCAUGUGAUUCACUACAAGCGCAGGGUUACCAGGCCCAAGAAGGUCAGAAAGACCCGGCGCAAUAGGAGCAGGAGGAGCACCAAUUAAAUCCUUACAAACACUUGCGACCUGAUCCAGAACCACCAGUUACCAACCCCCCUUCAACUACCAACUUCCCUUAAUCCUUAAUCACAUCCCAAAAUGGCUUUAUAAUUUUAUUUUAUUUACUUUAUGGCUUUAAAUAAAAAAUGUAGAAAAAAACAUUGAUUUCCAUACACCUUAC